AGUCGUCCAGUUGCAAAAGUGCGUAAGUCCAAUUUCAACCAAAAUCGAUAUUUUACCAUUUUCUUUUUAUUUGUCCAUCAUUGAUUUCUUGUACAAAUUCUCAAGUUUCAAAACACGUUAUUUCCUACUUAAUUUUUAAUUUAAAAAUUGAAUACAGUUGCAAAACAGGGUAAGUCCAUUGGUAUUGUGAUACCAAAAAGUAGUAUGUCCCGAGUAAUUAUAGUACAGCUGCAAAACGGAGUAAAUCCCUAUCCAUUGGUUCCAUGUGUUCAAGCACACAAUUACAAAAGUUAGUACAGGUACUUUGUUCAUCGAUUCAUUCAACCAUUUUUAAGUAAAAUUAAUAUAAAAAUGGUUUUAGCUCAGUUUAUGGUUUAAUAUUAUAUAGAAACAUAUUGGUUUAAAAUACUUGUGAUAACAUUUUGAUACGGUAAUCUGGAAGGAUUUCAUGAUAAUAAUAUUACCUCGCGCGUAAUAGUAAUAGUUUCAUUAAAUAACUCAAUGCAAAACAAUAAUAUAAUUUCAAUUGCAACACCCGGGAAUGCAAGGAAAAAGACUGCAGUUCCAUCUCAAUGGAAACGAGAAAAGGAAAAACGACGAAGACAUUCAUCUACUGGAUUUCCAACUCGCCCUAAAUGUGAACAUAACAAUUCAAACCAACGGCAAUACCAAUGUAAAACCUUAACUAUGCAAGACUUGAGACGAGCUCACCAAAUGUUCUAUGAUUUACCGGACAAAAUUAAGCAAGACGAAAUAAUUUUGAGGUUUGUUGUUAUCAGUCCCAUACACAGAAAUCGUUCACGUAAGGAUUGUUUCGAAAAACAGGUAUCUAUAAAAUAUUUUAUGCCAAAACUUAAUGCAAAUGGUGGCCGUGAAAAUGUAUUAGUUUGUAAAAAAGCAUUUACAGAUAUUUUUAGAAUUUCUAAAAAAAGAGUAGAUUUUGUAUGUAAAAAUUAUUUUAAGACUGGCCAAUCUCCGAAAGAAAAUCGAGGUGGACAAAGACCGGCGCCAAAAUAUGAAAUCCAAAGGGAAAUGGUGAAGGCAUUCAUUUUAAAACUUAAACCUAUCGAAUCCCAUUACUGUCGUGAAAAAAAUACCAAUCGACAGUAUUUGCCCAGUGAAAUGUCAAUUUCCUCGUUGUAUAAAGUUUUCAAUGAUACUACACCGGGACAAGACGUAAAAUAUGAUUUUUUUCGCUCAAUUUUUUGUACGGAUUUCAAUAUUGGGUUCGGGUCUCCAGCAACAGAUUGUUGUUCUUUAUGUAUCUCAUUAACACAAAAAAUCAAAGUAACUCGAUGUUUAAUCGAAAAAAGAGAAUUAAGCACCAAACUGGAAGUUCAUAAAAAAAAGGCUGAUGCAUUCUAUAAAUUAUUACAAAAUGAAAAUGAUGGAGAGAUAACAUUUUCAUUUGACUGUCAAAAAAACUUAGUGUUACCCAAAGUUCCCGAUCAAAGUGCCUACUAUUCCAGACAAUUGUACUUAUAUAAUUUUACGGUUUGCCAAGGUACAUCAAAAUCAAAACAAUUAAAAGAAAAUACGUUUAUGUAUUUAUGGUUAGAAACAGACUAUAAAAAAGGAUCAAAUGAAAUCGCAUCCUUUGUUUAUCAUUGUUUAAAAAACACAAAUUUAAUGAAUAUACACACUAUUCGACUGUUUUCUGAUGGAUGUGGAGGGCAGAAUAAAAAUCAAGUUAUGUUGUUCAUGCUUUCGAAAUUCUUACAGGAAUNAUAA